GUUUUUCAGCGUCCCAUGAAUUGGCACCUUAAAAGAUCUUCUUCAUAAUCAAUAAAAAAUUGUGACACGUUUCGUCGUUGGUAAAGCGCGAAAAUAUAAGAGUCCCGUGUAUAUACUUUGCACGUUGUCUAGUGUUUGCGUUUGUCUUUUCUUUUCCUACUUUUAUGUCUUUAUAAUCCUAAAUUCACGAUAAAAUAAUUAUAAACGUUAAAAAAAGAAGAAGAUGCGCUCAAGAAGCGUGAAGCGCAGUUCCGGUUAGGAAUUUUUGAGAUGAGAAAUCCAAUUUCAUGGAACGGAUUUUGUCUGCGGCGAUCUUCUUCGAGUCGCGCCCAUACAUUAUUUUUACUCUCUUUCUUCUACCUUCCGCGAAGGUAGAUACUCCGGCGGAUAUAACGAUUCGCUUAAAAACCCGACCACUUGCUCGUGCCAAUGUAUAACAGGCUAUAAUAGACCAAGAUUGUAAUAAAUGAACGGUGAAUUAGUAUUGACUGAUUGACCGCGCGACCUUCCGUUCGCCGGCGCGCGUUAUGUAUGAGCGCCGGCCGAUCUCUCUUGUCACGCCGUGUGAACCUCAGCAUCUCGGCCGGACCAACGAGGUUAAUUAGUUCAAAGUGGCCUCCCAUCUGCGCCGCGCGAGACCACAGCGAGACACGACGGCGUUCGGGGAGAGAGGCACUCCUCCUCCUCCUCCGACACGUUCCGAACACCCGAACCCUACGUGACGGUGCAUGAGAGAUCGUCGCCCAUUAGCAAACACCUCGAGCCGCAAAUGUAGCAGACUUUGGAUACUCACGUAGUGAAUCACACACCUUGCGACGCUUACCUGCCUGCGCCUCGAUUAUUUUCCUCGUCGCCAGUAACGUGAUCGCCGCCGGACCAUUUCGUUGAAACCUCUCUCGCCUAUUCCGUACCUUAAUAGUCGCCGAUUAUAAUUGACGGAGAAGCGGAUUCAAACUUCUCUCGUUUUCGUCGGCCUGAAGUCGCCGCGCAAUGGUGAACAAGCUCUGGUGCUUGGAGAUCGGGCGAAGGUGGAGACAGGCGGCUAGACAGGAGCCACCGCAGGCGCGUGUGCUGUCCGAACCAAAGUGCCAGUCGUACGUGGCCAUUUGGUAUCUCUACUACCGCUGGACAAUCUUCCUCGCUUGGACCGCCUUCGUCGUGUGUUCGAUAUUUGAAAUCGGCAGCUACGAACCGCUGUCUCAGUACGAGAAAUGGCCAAUCUAUCUGACCAACUGGGACAUGACUUUGGGUAUUACACAAGCGUUGAUCGGCGGUAUUCUCGUGUCGAAACGAUGGCGAUUGCAGAAGAUACCCGGCUUCAAUCCAUGCGAUCUCAAAUUGGAGUCCACCGACCGGCUAUACUGGUUUCUGUACGUCGUAACGACCAAUAUGGCCAUUGGCGUGACGAUUAGUUACUGGCUCGCCGUAUACAAUCCGGAGAUCCAUAAAGUGGACCCGCUCAAUAUCAUGAUGCAUGUGUGCAACAGCGUGCUGAUGCUGAUUGAUUUAUUUGUCACCAACAUACCGUUCCGCCUGCGGAACUUUUGGUGGUGCCUAUCGAUCGUCGUGUUCUACAUAAUCUUCUCGGUGAUCUAUUAUGUCGCCGGCGGCCUUGACAAGCACGACAACCACUAUAUCUACAAAGUCCUCGAUUGGAAGAAACCGGUGCGGACGUUGCUCGUUUGUAUCGGUGGUUUUACGUUUGUAACGGUGCUGCAUUGCGUCGUUUGCAUGCUGGCAAACAUCAGAGACCGCAUCUAUCGCAAGACUGCUGAGAACGUCAGCAAACCUGCGCAGCUAAACAUGACGGACGAUAAACCGCUUCCAGAAAAACAAAUAGAAGUAGUUUAAUCGAUAAAAGUUUACGUAGAACGACAUUUAUUUUUGUCCGCCUAAUAUCCUCUUGGGAUUGUAAGACCCCGAGGCAUUGGGAUAAUUUAAUAUUCAACAGGGCAAGAUGAAGUGUGCUUUCUUGACGUGGCUGCGCCUGCGAGUAGAAUCCUUCUCUAACGAGCGAGCUUCCUGUGGUCAUCUAGCUCGUUUGUAGAAACGAUAAAGUAUUAAUAGGAUGUUAGCAGUGUCUGAUGAGCGAUACAACCAAGUAGGUGAUCUGCUUUCAUGACUCUGAGCUUCGUCUUCGGCAAUAUUUCUAACAAACUAGAAAAACAAUGAUUAUAGCUAAUAUACCGAUUGUAUGGUCGUUCCCAAUUUGUAUAGAUUCUGCGAAAACGUGCUUAUAUUUCUUAGAAAUUAUAUGACAAUAUCGUAGAAGCCUGACAAUAUUUGUGAACGCUUCGGUUAUUAGAGCCGCGAUUGUUUUGAACGCAUGCCCGUGUUUGCCACGGUGGCAAAUAGUAAAAAUUCAUGUAAAAUAGUGUUGCUUUAUUUUAAAAUAAGUGCAAAUUUUGCUAAGGAAAACAGAAACGGUAAACAUUCCGCAAACAUUUCAUUAUAUUUGAAUUGUACGAAUCUGUAUUCUCACUUCAUAUUUUAGUGUUAUAUGAUGUGUUGUAUGAUAUUUAUACUAUCUCGUAUUUUUGUAAUGUUGAAAAGUAUUGAAUGCAUUUUAUAUUUUGAUAGAUAAAAAUUACACAUUUGCUUUGCACUAUUGAAUUCAUUCCAGAUUACGUGAACGUUGUGUAUAUUUAAGAUAUACAAAUAUUCUUUGGUGUUAACUAUUCUUAUUAACAUUACUUACAAAACUGAGGUUUUUUUUAUAUUUACAUCUAAAUUCGGAAUUUAAUAAUGUAUAAUAAUUACUAAUUUAAUGGCCGUCAUUGGCGUAAAUUAGAUGAAAAUUUCGAUACGAAGAAUUAUUAAAUUAAUAAUUUAUUAAGACGAUACCAAAUGAAAAGUAUGUUUUGUAAGAUGCUUACAUAAGGAUGCACAUACAAUUUGGAAUGACAUUAAUAUAACCGUAAUGAUUUAUUAAGAGCUCAAUGUUCGUUCGUGUGUUUCGAAGAAAACAUGCAAAGAGAUUCGAGAGUUCCUAUUUAACCUAACUUCUAUCUUAUUCAAGCGUCUACAUGCUGUAUGAUUAUUGUAUGUGCAGCCAAUUGAUCGCAGUAAACAAAUAUCUUUUUCAACCGUUAUCGAUAAAAGAUAGAUUUUCGCAUAUGUAGAUAAAUCCGUAGCGUAAAAUAAUCAAGAAUUGUAUGCAUAUCUAUCCUUUUGUACGUUCCAUUUUUGUAUAUUUUUUUAAUUACAACUUGGUGUAAGUACGUGUUGUUCGAUAAUUCGAUACUAUUUUAGAAAAAGUAUUAAGUCUCAUAUACUUCCCGUAACGUGAUAUAAAUGUCGUUGAAUUACAUCGACCAAUAAGUGUGAGAGAAUUUUAUGAAUGUAUAUGUGUGUAUUAUAAAAAUAUAAAUUGAAAAAACAAACUAAUACAUUUAAAAGCAAAAUAAUAAAUUACUUGUAAACACACGUAUGGCUUUAGUUUAAAGCGCGCGUCAUAGUCGGAUAACGACAGCAAUGAAGUACACAGAUGAUGAUUUUUAUGGAAAAAUAUCAACGAUUUAUUAAUAAAAUAACGAUUUAAAGCGAU